UUAAAUUGACCGGAAGUGGCCUCUGCCGUCACAAAAGUCCUUUUUUUCUAGGGAGCGCCGCUCCGUUAUUCGGACCUGAUCAGCGGUCAGGCUUCGUCCGCUCAACUAGACCUCGUAUUUCAGUGUAUUUUCAGUGAUAUAUACGCAGAGAGAGCCGGGGCGGUGUGGAUGCUGAGGCUCAGAGCGGCGAUGAACGGACGAUGAUCAGCGCUCUGUGUCGAAACGGCGGCUGAAGAAUCGCUUUAAAACGCCGACAUCAUGUCGGGAAAACACUUCAACGUCCACGAAGUGGGCUGCUGCAUCAAAUACUUCAUCUUCGGCUUCAACAUCAUCUUCUGGCUGCUGGGGGUGGCGUUCCUCUCCGUGGCUUUAUGGGCCUGGAGCGAGAAGGGAGUUCUCUCUAACAUCUCCUCCAUCACUGAUCUGGGGGGCUUUGAUCCGGUCUGGUUGUUCCUGGUGGUCGGUGGGGUGAUGUUUGUUUUGGGUUUUGCCGGCUGCAUCGGAGCGCUGCGGGAAAACUCCUUCCUGCUCAAGUUUUUUUCCGUGUUCCUGGGGAUUAUAUUUUUCCUGGAGCUGACCACUGGAGUUCUGGCAUUCGUCUUUAAAGACUGGAUCAAAGAUCAGCUUAAAUUCUUCAUCAACAACAACAUCAGAGCCUACAGAGACGACAUCGACCUGCAGAACCUCAUCGACUUCACACAGGAAUUCUGGGAGUGCUGUGGAGCGUUUGGGCCGGAGGACUGGAAUCUGAACAUCUACUUCAACUGCACCGAAACCAACCUGAGCCGGGAGAAAUGUGGAGUGCCGUUUUCCUGCUGCACAAAAGACCCUGCUGAGGACGUGAUUAAUACUCAGUGUGGUUACGACAUCAGAGCUAAAGUUGAGUCGGAGCAGAAGACGUUUAUUUACACUAAAGGCUGUGUGCCGCAGUUUGAGAAGUGGCUGCAGGAGCAUCUCACAGUGGUAGCCGGGAUUUUCAUAGGAAUCGCGCUGCUACAGAUUUUUGGGAUUUGUUUGGCUCAGAAUCUGCUGAGUGACAUCGAGGCCGUGAGAGAGAGCUGUCUGUUCACCUGAUGAGCCGAACCCACUCAACUCCCCGUCGCCUGGCAACACGGCCGACACAGCCUCAUCUCGGUAUCCUAGCAACCAACGAGGAGCUCCAUUUUCAUACUUUCAUCUUUUUUUUCUUCUUAAAGCGGUUAAAAGUGUUACCAUGACGACAGUGAACAUCCAGAGAUUUUGUCACUUUUUCAAAUACGGCUCAGAGCCUCGGAUAGAGAAAUAGUCGUCUCGUGUUCCUGUUGUAUAGACUUGUUGAAAGGCUGCAGUACAUCCAGUGACCACAGGAUGUCACUGUAGUUACAGUAUUGCCCAUGAAGAGCCGCCCAGUGUUUUGUAGAACUCGAGAAAACUGCCUCCUUUCAAAGAAGUAUUUGACAGAAAUCUGAUUGAACCAGUUCCCUCCUGUAACUCAGAUGUACGCAGACAAGACAUGUUCGCUUCUUCAGUUUAGCACUGGAGCUAUGAUGCUAAUGUGGCUAACAAGUAAUAGGAAGCUUAGCAAAAGUACAGACAAGAUGCUGCUAUUGUUUUUAGCUAAGUGACAUAAUUUUAUCCAAUUUAAUAGACAUCAACUUGUCAUACGGUGUCAGAAAGUCUAUUUGAGAUUACUCAGCAACUCAUCGAGGUUUUCUACAGUGCUAACUGGUGGGGUAUACGUUUCCAUUACCCCAGUAGGUUGCUUGUGCUUUUUAACUGGUUUGGCUAGCGGUGUUGAGACGGCGUUUGAGUUUUUUCCAUAGGAAUGAAUGGAGGAACGCUCAACAUCCUGAAAUGGAAUCAUUCCACUUAUGAAAUAAGUAAUGCUAAUACCUAUUAUUCCACCACAGUCAGCCAAAGUCCCCUUACAUCACCACCAUUCAAGUAUGAUAGCAGAACCUUAGCAGCCACCAGCUUAGCACAGCGGUGGCCUAGCAGAACCUUAGCAACCACCAGCUUAGCACAGCGGUGGCCUAGCAGAACCUUAGCAACCACCAGCUUAGCACAGGGAUGGCCUAGCAGAACCUUAGCAACCACCAUCUUAGCACUGCAAUGGCCUAGCAGAACCUUAGCAACCACCAGCUUAGCACAGCGAUGGCCUAACAGAACCUUAGCAACCACCAGCUUAGCACAGCAAUGGCCUAGCAGGACUUUAGCAACCACCAGCUUAGAACAGCAAUGGCCUAGCAGGACCUUAGCAACCACCAGCUUAGCACAGCGAUGGCCUAACAGAACCUUAGCAACCACCAGCUUAGCACAGCGAUGGCCUAGCAGGACCUUAGCAACCACCAGCUUAGAACAGCAAUUGCCUAGCAAAACCUUAGAAACCCCAUGAGAUAGCAUAGCUCUGGCCGAGCCACACCUUAGCAACCACCUGGAAUAGCAUAGAAAACAGCCUAGUGACACCUUAGCAACCACAUGGGAUAGCAUAAUGUAGCUAGCAAGUACUGGCAAGCUUAGCAAAAGUCCAGACAGUUCAGCUACUGUUAUUUUUAGCUAUAUUUUUCAUACUUUUGACCAAUUUUAUAGCUACCAACAUGUCGUACUGAGCCAGAGAGCACAUCAGCAAACUUGUCUUGGCUGAUUGACUGCAUUUGCAGUAAGGAGGGAAACUGUAAAUUAGAUAUUACACUAAACUGUUCCUUUGAAGAUCUGGUCUGGAAUCACUUCAACAGGUGGGCCAACAGAGGCCUUCCAACAACAACAAUGCAACAAAGCCCGCUGGUCAAGUUAGCAUGCUAACUGGUGCAGAUUAAGCCAGCAUGGAGCUGCCCAGAGUUAGUCUGUUCAGCUCGAUUUAAGCUAAUCUAAAUUGAAUCCAUAGCUAACCUGGGAGUCCUGCAGAUACACUCAUCCAUGGUGCUGUAACAAUUACCGAACGGGGCUUCAGACCUAUUUUCAUCUCUCACCACAGUCACUCAUCUGCAUCUUUCUAUGAAGUUCUCGAGACGUCGCUUUCAUUAAGAUGUGAAGUGUACAUAAGAAGUCAUUUGUAAGCACUGCUUUUUUUUUUGUAAACAGAAGUUAGGUGGUGUCAGACAUUGCCUCUUUAAUCAGUUGUGUAAAAACACACCUCGUUUCAGGUCGAGAAGACAAAGGCACUGCAUGCGUACUGGACUAACAUUCGACUUUCCUAAAGUGUUAAAUUAUAACAUUCUUCUUUUGUUGUCGUGAGCGACGAUAAGUAUAUCAGUAUGGAUUUAAUAGAUUUUAACAUCGACUGCGAUGUUUUCCCACUCGAGCCCUUGCGAUAACUCGGCUCAGACGCGGCUCGGAAUGUCGGUCGGUCGGAUUCUGCUUUGAAUGUUAAAUGGAUUUGAAAGAUACAUCGGAAUGCGAUGCUAAUUUGUAUCCUUCUCCACUUGAGAGCACUUUGCACCUAAGUUAGCUCAUUUAGUUAGCGUAAUUAAAGCUGAACGUUUUGAAUAGAUAGCCUGGAUAGCGUAGUUUUGCUUUUAAUGCACACAGAUGUUACUGAAUGCUGCUUGGAGGUCUGUAAAUGAAGGGCGAAAUUCCAGAAAGUGCCCCAGGAGGCAGCUGGGCUGGUGGAAAACCUGUGGGAAAGGAAAGCGCGCCAUCUGCUGGCUACGUUCAAACCUUGAAUCUCCAUUCAUUUCGCCAAAGGGAGUUUUUUUUCCGAUUAAGACCUUUGGUGAAACAGUCAAUUUGUGACCAUAAAACAACAUUAGCGACAAAUACAAUAUAAUAACAGAACGUUUUGCUGAGCCAUGUAAGUAUAAAGGCUAAAAUACAGUCGAGCUUCAAAAGCUCGGUGUUGGUGGCACCUCAUGGGCUGUGUGGUCAGUUUUUUGGGGGGAAACGCUCCUAAAAACUGUAUUUCUUAAUCGUCAACUAAUAAUUCAGACAUGUCAAAUAUAUUUACGUUAAGCUGUUAACCUGCGUUUUGAACGCGGACAGCAGGGGGCGACAACUUUCCUUCCCAAUAGCUGAACUGAGGUUCUGGAAUGAGCUUCCCAAGAACAUUGUGGCUGUUUAUCAUUUGAGCUAAUGCUAACGGCCCAGUCACACUAGCAAACCGAUGCUAACGCUAGCAAUGAAAUUUCGCAUGCAAAACGUCCUAUAGCAGAUCCAAAAUGGAGAAAGAGCUCGUUUUAGCAGCUUCUUAGCAUAACAGUUUAUAUAAUUAUAUACAGUUUAUUAUAAAUAUGCUGUCUUUGUGAAUUAAAUGGUAUGACUAUCUUAGCGUAGCGAGUUAGCUAGGCUAGCAGCCAGUUUAGAUGGUUUCCUCAUUUUCACCACAGUCUCGCUAGCCACAGCUGAAAUGCUGCUAAAGUCACGGCUAAAUUGCUACCUGCACCAAAAUUGAAGAAUUGUUUUCAUUGUAAAUUUUUAAUCUCACCUGUAAACACGUCUCUGGUGUGACUGUGGCUUAAUAGUUCACCACCACAGUCCGCCAAAGACACCAUACAUCACCAUCAUACAAGUAUGAUAGCAAAACCUUAGCAACCACCAACUUAGCACAGCAAUGGCCUAGCAAAACCCUAGAAACCACAUGAGAUAGCAUAGCUCUGGCCAAGCAAAACCUUAGCAACCACCUGGAAUAGCAUAGAAAACAGCCUAGCGACACCUUAGCAACCACAUGGCAUAGCAUAAUGUAGUUAAUGUAGCUAGCAAGUACUGGCAAGCUUAGCAAAAGUACAGACAGUACAGCUACUAUUAUUUUUAGCUUCACCAAAAUAGAAGAAUUUUUUUCAUUGUAAAUUUUUAAUCUCGCCUGUAAACACGUCUCUAGUGUGACUGCGGCUUAACAGUUCAGAUGAUUCCCCAACUACAUUGUUCUUGGAUGUCUUUAGUUUAGUGAUUUGUACUUUUUGUGAUGACCUUCCGCCAAAAUUAGGAAGUUUCAUGAUCUCAUAAUAGACAUGAUGAUAUAAAUUAUUAGCUUAAAUGUUGGUGAAACUGUUGUUUCUUUCAAAAUUUGAACAUUUCUGUGAAAUUAGCUUUACAGAAAUUCCCUUUAGUUUGGACUGUAGCGUCAAUUUUGACUUUAGUUUGCCGAAACUGGAGAAAAGAUGUUUGCUUUGUCAGAUCAAAACCUUGUAACUCUGUUUUUCUUUUGUUGUUUUUUAUGCAAAGUUUUGUUCUAAUAAUUAAAGAUGUAACGUUAGCGUAGCAAGGUUUAUUAAGCAAGCCGAGACAGUCGACUGAUAUAUUUUGUGACGGUGGCACUUUUUGUUUUUUCAUUUUAUUUUAACUUUUCCGGCUCCUCAUGUUUAAACACCUGCACUCUGGUUUCCCCAAGCUUCUGUAGUCAUGAUCGUCCAGCAACAUUUAGCUUACAGGACAAGCUAUUUCCCAUGUUCGCUGGGCAGGAUGUGUCAAUACAGAUGAAUAUUAUUUUUUUCACUUUGACUGAAAGCAUAUUUGUGCUGUCGGUUUACAGUAGCAGUUAAACGUUUGGACCCUCCUGCUUAAAUGUGUGUUUUUCAUAACCUUAAAGACGUUUUCUCUGCAGAUUUAUGCUUAAAUGCUUAAUUUUUUUGUAGGAAUGUAGGAAUUUCAUGUGUUUUUUUUAGUUUUGAUGUCUUUACAAUUACAUAGAUAGAUAUGCUUUAUUCAUUUCGCCAAGGGGAAAUUUGGAAUAAUUAAGUUAUCUUAUGAGCUAGAACCAACAAACUUUGCCCAAAGGAUAUGCUUAUGAUAAGAUGUGCCAAUGGACAACUCUCAAACUCAUGGACAUUACCAGCAGAUUCCGAUAUAAACACACUAAUGCACAGUAAUUACACAGUAGUUACACAGUUAUUACACACUGCAUACACAUGCACAUAGACGCACUUAUACACAAUAAUAAUACGGCUACUAUUCAAUAAUGCAUUAAAUACAAACUACAAACGCUCAUCAACGCUACAAACAAACUAUCUAAGGAACCACCUGGGAUAACAUAAUGGCCUAACGACAUCUUAGCUACCACUUGAUGUACCUUAGCAACCACCUGUCAACACCCUAGCAACCAACUGCGAUACCAUAGCAGCUGCUAAGCAACAACCUAUCAACUACCCAGAAUAUCACUGAAACCGGUUACUUUGCAACCACCUGGAAAACCACUCUACACUACCGAACAAUGUCAAUAACAAUUUCAGCUUAAAAUAACCCAAAAACACAUCAACUACCAGAAUAUCACUGAAACCGGCUACUUUGCAACCACCUGGAAAACCACUUUACACUACCGAACAAAGUCAAUAAAAAUUUCAGCUUAAAAUAACCCCCAAAACACAUCAACUACCCAGAAUAUCACUGAAACCGGCUACUUUGCAACCACCUGGAAAACCACUCUACACUACCGAACAAAGUCAAUAACAAUUUCAGCUUAAAAUAACCCAAAAACACAUCAACUACCCAGAAUAUCACUAAAACCGGCUACUUUGCAACCACCUGGAAAACCACUUUACACUACCAAACAAUGUCAAAUUUCAGCUUAAAAUAACCCCCAAAACACAUAAACACAAUAUAAGCAAUACAGUUUAAAAACAAUCUUCGACUAUUUUAGCUUUUUUUCCGUUAAGCCACCUUACUGUUCACAUAUUUUCAUUUUCUAGUUCUAAUUCUACCUUGGGAGUGGGCGUGGCCAAACUUUUUACUGCUGCUGUAAAUGACUGAACUUGAAGCUUCUUUUCUCUACACAGCCAAUCAGAAUUGAGAAAUCUGAUUGGCGUAUGAAAACCACAGAUUCCUUAUUUGGCACUAGUAACACUUCUAAACAGGGUUUUUUCUCUUAAAUAGUACUAACUACUUUUGUGUGUUGAUGUGGUUGAUGUGAUUUGUUUGAUUAUUAUAAGUCUUUUUACAGUAUUGUAUUUGACGAACUGUUUACCAUCUUUAACUGGGAUGGCGGUGUUGUACACAAUAAAGUUUGAUAUGUUUUUGUAA